AUGUGGUUCUCUCCAAGGACCCCGUUACUACUUCUCGCCUCCGCCGCCGCCUUUUUGCAGCCGACGGCGGCAGAGCAACUGCUGCAGUCCAGUUCUUUGAAUACCUGUCAGGAUAACUCAGGAUUCACAGCCAGUCUCUUCAAUGUCGCCUACACACCGGCCAACGGCACCGCCAUGAUCGACAUCGUGGCCGUCUCGUCCAUCCAAGGAAACGUUCUCUUCGACGUAUCAAUCACAGCCUACGGCUACCAAAUUAUUCGGCGACAAGUCAAUCCAUGUGACAUUGGUCUUGCUGGAUUGUGCCCCAUGACCGCGGGUAAAAUUCCACUCACUUUCAACUUGGAUGUUGGCGACGAGGCCGCCAAGCAAAUCCCCGGAAUCGCAUACACUUUCCCCGACCUGGACGCCAAAGUCAAGGUGUUCAUCAACAUGACGUCCGGCGACCAGGCCAACACAAGUGUUGCCUGUGUUGAGGCUGACAUCUCAAACGGAAAGACAGUUGAUCUGAUCGGUGUGAAGUGGGCUACCGCUAUUGUCGCUGGCCUGGCACUGGCCUCGUCCGCCGUCAUUUCUGGCCUGGGACAUUCGAACGCGGCUUCCCAUGUUGCCGCAAACGCAUUGUCACUUUUCAGCUACUUCCAAGGUCAGGCCAUGAUCGGCAUGACCUCGGUUCCUCUUCCUCCGAUCGUGCAGUCAUGGACUCAGGAUUUCCAGUGGAGUAUGGGUGUCAUCCGCGUCACCUUCAUGCAAAGCAUCUUCACUUGGUACCAACGUGCUACGGGAGGAACGCCAUCAACACUGUUUGACUCUCUGAGCACAGUUUCCGUGCAAGUCGAGAAGAAGAAGCGAUCACUGGACAUGGGGGCCGAGAUUUCAAUGAACUUGUUCAGGCGUGGGGUUUCCAUGAUGCCUCGCGCUGUCGCUCAGAUGCCACGAGCCGUCGCCGAGGGUGCUUCAAAACUCUUGAAGAGAGGCAACAUCACCAACUCCAGUGGCAGCUUCGUCGUGUUCGGCAUCCAGCGUGUCGCUUACAGAGCUGGUAUCGAGUCGACCAACCUGUUCAUGACCGGACUGACCUUCUUCUGUUUCUUUGUCGUGAUCACCAUCCUGGGAGUCGCCGCCUGGAAGGGCUGGUGUGAAUUCGCUGUCAAGCACAAGUGGAUGAAGAGUGACACUUUUGUGGACUUCCGAAAUGGGUGGUUCACCGUUCUCAAGGGUAUUCUCUUCCGCCUCACCUUGAUCGGAUUCCCUCAGAUGACCAUCUUGUGUCUAUGGGAGUUUACUCAGAAGGACUCCGCCGCGGAAGUCGUCCUCGCUGUCUUCUUCUUCUUCGGCAUGCUGAUCACCCUGGGCUGGGCAUCAUCGAAAGUUAUCAGGAUUGCACGACGCUCCGUUGUUAUGCACAGGAACCCGGCGUACAUUCUGUUCUCUGACCCUCAGGCUCUGAACAAGUGGGGCUUCCUCUACGUUCAAUUCCGCGCUUCAGCCUAUUACUUCAUCGUGCCUAGUCUGACAUACCUGCUGCUCAAGGGCAUAUUCAUUGCUUUUGCGCAAAACAGCGGUACUGCCCAGGCCAUCGCCUUCAUCAUCCUGGAGGCCGGAGCUCUCAUCGGUGCCAGUGUCCUGCGACCAUGGAUGGACAAGAGCACGAACUCUUUCAACAUCUCGAUUUGCGUCAUCAACUUCCUCAACUCCAUCUUUCUGCUGGUCUUCACCGAUGUCUUCAACCAGCCGGCCAUUGUCACUGGUGUUGUUGGCGUUAUUCUCUGGAUUGCGAACGCCGUCUUCGCGCUUGUCUUGCUCCUCAUGUUGAUCGUAACCACAGUCAUCGUUCUGAUCCGCAAGAACCCCGAUGCGAGAUACCAGUUCAUGGCCGACGACCGAGCAUCAUUCAUGAAGUCUCAGACGCAGCUGAACACGACGACUGAGUUGGACGCCCUUGCAGCAACUGCCCGAGGUGACAAGCAAGGAUACAAGGCUGGAUUUGACAUGGACGAGGACAACGAGUCGAUAUCAUCCGACUCGAUGAAGCGACGUACGGACCCAUCAAACAUGCAGGCGCCUCAACAAGCAAACUCGCCACUGGCGCAGCCUAACUACCGCGAACCACCCCGCUCACCGGUGGACCCCUCCGUACCGCUGUUCCCAGCAGAUGGCCGGAGAGGGACCCCCAACUCCCAACCCGACUACAGCGGCUACAACAACGGAGGACAAUACCUGCGUCAACAACCGAGCGGCUCUUCAAUGGGUCCGGGCUCCUUUACUGGAUCAUCCUCCAACCUAUCAGCCCACCAGGGCCAAAACAAUGCCGCAUAUCGGGGCCAGAACAAUGCCAGGUAA